AUGAACCCUGCAGAAGCAGCAGAUGCAGCAGCUACAAUAUUGGCUGAAUUACGUGAUAAGCAAAUCAAUCCAAAUAAAGUAACUUGGAUAGAUGCAUUAAAAGAACGUGAAAAAUUACGUGCUGAAGGUAAAACUAUUGAUAGUUUUAGUUAUGUUGAUCCUAAAACAACUGUUGUUGGUGAAAAAACUCGUAGUGAUUCAUUUUCUUUCUUAUUAUUACCUUUUAAAGAUGAUAAAUGGUUAUGUGAUGCUUAUAUCAAUGCUUUUGGUAGAUUAAGAGUAGCUCAAUUAUUUCAAGAUUUAGAUGCUUUAGCUGGUAGAAUUGCUUAUAGACAUUGUUCUCCUGCUGAACCAGUUAAUGUUACUGCAAGUGUUGAUAGAGUUUAUAUGGUUAAAAAAGUUGAUGAAAUUAAUAAUUAUAAUUUUGUUUUAGCUGGUUCUGUUACUUGGACUGGUAGAUCAUCAAUGGAAAUUACUGUUAAAGGUUAUGCAUUUGAAGAUGCUGUUCCUGAAAUAACUAAUGAAGAAUCUUUACCUGCAGAAAAUGUAUUUUUGGCUGCUAAUUUCACAUUUGUUGCUCGUAACCCACUUACUCAUAAAUCUUUUGCCAUUAAUAGAUUAUUACCUGUCACAGAAAAAGAUUGGAUUGAUUAUAGAAGAGCUGAAUCUCAUAAUGCUAAAAAGAAAUUGAUGGCUAAAAAUAAGAAAAUCUUGGAACCAACUGCUGAAGAAUCUAAAUUAAUUUAUGAUAUGUGGAAAUCUUCUAAAUCUUUAAAAAAUAUUGAUAGACAAGAUGAUGGUAUUGCAUUUAUGAAAGAUACAACUAUGAAAUCUACAAUGUUUAUGCAACCACAAUAUAGAAACAGACAUUCUUAUAUGAUUUUUGGUGGUUAUUUAUUAAGACAAACUUUUGAAUUGGCUUAUUGUACUGCUGCUACUUUUUCCCUGGCUGGUCCUAGAUUUGUUAGUUUAGAUUCAACUACUUUUAAAAAUCCAGUUCCUGUUGGUAGUGUAUUAACUAUGGAUUCUUCAAUUUCUUAUACUGAACAUGUUCAUGAUGGUAUUGAAGAAAUUGAUUCUGAUUCUCCAUUUAAUUUCAGUUUACCAGCUACUAAUAAACUUUCUAAGAAUCCAGAAGCAUUUUUAUCUGAACCAGGUACUUUAAUUCAAGUUAAAGUUGAUACUUAUAUUCAACAAUUGGAACAAAGUGAAAAGAAACCUGCAGGUACUUUUAUUUAUUCAUUCUAUGUUCCAAAAGAAAGUGUUUCUGUUGAUGGUAAAGCUUCUUAUUGUACUGUUAUUCCUCAAACUUAUUCUGAAAUGAUGACUUAUGUUGGUGGUAGAAGAAGAGCUCAAGAAACUGCUAAUUAUGUUGAAACUUUACCUUCUACUAAUAAUUAA